AUGGAAAAGCCACUUCCUGCCAGUCAUAGCUGCCAUAAAGCUGGAUGAUCUAGUACCAAAAUCCAACAAGUUCAAUUCUGUGGCUACCAGCCAAGAGUGAUAUUUCCAAGACAAUAUAUUAGUUGACAACACAGCCAUGUACUAUAUACAAUAAUCCAUACCAUAUCAGAGAAACAAGAGAGAAAAUUAAGGUUGAAAACUGCACCAAUGAAUACCUCACCGAAGGGCUUCUUACUUCUUGCUUGCUCUCUGAUAAUCCCAAUCAUCAGUUCUGGUGCAAUAGAUACAAUAAACACCACUCACAUAAUUAGAGAUGGCGACACGAUGGUUUCAUCUGGUGGGAUGUUUGAGUUGGGAUUUUUCAGCCCUGGAAAUUCCAGGAAUAGGUAUGUAGGCAUAUGGUUCAAGAAAAUAACAGUCAGGACAGUAGUCUGGGUUGCCAACAGAGAAGUUCCACUCCCGAAUGAAUCAGGUGUUUUAAAAGUUAUGGAGCCAGGAAUUCUGGCUCUGCUCAAUGACACCAAUGCAACAAUAUGGUCAUCUAAUACAUCGAGGUCCGUGCAAAAUCCAGUUGCACAGCUGUUAGAUUCCGGGAACCUUGUCGUCAGAAAUGCAGCCGAUAAUAACCCGGAGAAUUUCCUGUGGCAAAGCUUUGAUUAUCCAACUGACACAUUUUUACCAGGUAUGGGAUUUGGAUGGAACUUUGUGACAGGUAUAAACACGUACCUCUCCUCGUGGAAGACCAAUGAAGAUCCAGCUCCAGGAGACUAUGCAUAUUUCAUGGAUACUACUGGAUAUCCACAAAUAUUCAUGACAAAGAAUAAAGUGGAACACAUUAGAAUUGGACCGUGGACUGGUCUUCGCUUCAGUGGGACAACCAACGCGAUAGAAGAUCCCACAUACAAGUUGAUAAUGGUGAUGAAUGAAAAUGAAGUAAACUACAGGGAAGAAACCAUUGAUAGAUCAGUUAUUUCGAGGUUUACGUUGAGCCAAAGUGGUGUAGCCCAGCGCUGGACUUGGGUUGAUCGAACCCAAGAAUGGGUGAUUUACCUGAAUGUACCAGCAGAUAAUUGUGAUAAUUACAAGUUAUGUGGCGCAUAUGGUAGCUGCAAUAUAGCAAAUUCUCCAUCAUGUGAAUGCCUGGACAAGUUUGUGCCAAAAGAUCCAGAAAGUUGGGUCAGAGCAGAUUGGUCAAGUGGAUGCAUCCGAAAGACAAACUUGAGUUGUCAAGGAGAUGUAUUUUUUAAGUAUUCUGGAAUCAAAUUGCCAGAUGCAAGACAUACCCGGCACAACGAAAGCCUGACACUAGAAGAAUGCAGAGCAGAAUGCUUAAGGAAUUGCUCUUGUACGGCCUACACACUGUUGGACUUGAGCAAGUCAAGUGGAUGCCUUCUUUGGUUUGAAGACUUGAUCGACAUAAGAGAACUAUCGCAAGAUGGACAAGAGAUUUACAUCAGAAUGGCUGCUUCUGAGAUAGACUCUGAAGGGAAGAAACCAGAAGUACUUAUUGGGAGUUUGACGUCGGUGAUAGUUAUGGUUCUUCUAGUCCUGUGCCUCUUUCUUUAUAUUUGGAAGAGGAGGAGUGAGUCCAAGAUAAGAAAAGGGAGGUACAGAGGAAGUAAUGAAGAACACUCAGAGCUACCCUCGUUCAGUUAUUCUGCUAUCUUAAAAGCUACUAAUUACUUUUCAGAUGAUAACAAGCUUGGGGAAGGUGGAUUUGGGCCUGUUUACAAGGGGGCCCUGGAAGACGGACAAGAAAUUGCUGUGAAACGCUUAUCAAGCACAUCCACACAAGGAAUUGAUGAAUUCAAGAAUGAAGUAAUCUUUAUUGCCAAACUUCAGCAUCGAAAUCUUGUCAGGCUCCUAGGAUGCUGUAUUCAAGGAGAAGAAAAUAUGUUGAUCUAUGAGUAUAUGCCUCACAAAAGCCUCGACGUGAUCUUAUUCGGUGGGCAUCUUACAUCUGAUCGAAAGAGAAAUGUGUUGCUUGAUUGGCCAAAGCGCUUCCAUAUUAUAAAUGGUAUUGCUCGGGGACUUUUGUACCUUCAUCAAGAUUCCCGGCUAAGAAUUAUCCACCGAGACCUCAAAGCUAGCAACAUAUUGCUAGAUUCUGAUAUGAACCCAAAGAUAUCAGACUUCGGAACAGCUAGAAGUUUUGGAGGCAAUGAGACUUCAGCUAAAACACGUCGAGUUGUUGGAACAUAUGGAUAUAUGUCUCCAGAAUAUGCAGUGGAUGGCCUGUUCUCAGUAAAAUCAGAUGUAUUUAGCUUCGGAGUCCUAGUGCUGGAAAUUGUGAGUGGGAAGAGAAACAGAGGAUUUUCAGACAGUGAUUACCAUCUCAACCUUCUUGGACAUGCAUGGACACUUUAUAAAGAGGAAAGGUCACUGGAACUGGUUGAUGCUUCUCUAGGUAAAUCGUUUUGCUUACCUGAAGUGCUGAGAUCAAUCCAUGUUGGCUUAUUAUGCGUGCAAAAGAAACCAGACGACAGGCCUAGCAUGUCUUCGGUGGUUCUGAUGUUGGGCAAUGAAGGUGUACUUCCUCCUGCCAAUCAGCCCGGAUUCUUCUUGGAAAGAGAAGUUAUUGCACAAAGUUCAACUACCACAACAACUUCAACAAAUGAACUCACCAUUACAAUGCCAGAAGGCAGAUAGCAUGUUUCCUUCCUUUAUUGUCACACUCCUCAUAUCUAUGUUCUAAAUAUGUUCCUCUUCCCCCUCUCCCCAUCUUUUUCAUCCUUUAGCUAGUUGGGUUACUGGAAGCUGGCACACAGUGCAGACCUGUUCAUGCCGAGAUUGGACGCAAACAAGACUCAUCAGGCAUUUUUCCCUGUUAUUAUGUAAAUUCUUUGAAAUAAAACAGGGAACAUGUACACAAAACCGGUUCUUGUGCUUGUGCUACACAAACAUGAAUCAACGGGGGAGAGAAGAAUCGGGCAUCAACCACUUCGGUAGAGCCUCAGUUGUAGUAAUUGAUAUGUCAGAAGGAUUAUUUGUAAGUUGAUUUUAGGUAUAGAGCACCUUU